AUGAGCCAUGAUCUUUUUCUCCGCAUUGUGCACACGUUGGAGGGCCGUGAUGAGUACUUCCAGUAUCGGGAAGACGGGAUCGGCAGACCCGGACUUACGCCGUUACAGAAGUGCACGGUAUUUAUAGUGCAAAUAAAUAGUGCAUUAGGCACAACAACGGAUAUGUUCGACGAGUACCUUCACGUCGGAGAUACAACUGGCCGCGAAUGUCUGAAGAAAUUUUGUAAGUUAGUUGUGGAGGCUUUUGGCGACACAUAUUUGCGACGCCCGACUGCUGACGAUUGCCAGAGCCUGAUGCAGAUGCACGAGACGGUGCACGGCUUCCCUAGGAUGCUAGGGAGUAUCGACUGUAUGCACUGGCAGUGGAAGAACUGCCCGACGGCCUGGAAAGGCCAAUUUACUAGCGGCUACAAGGGCAGCCACCCGAAGAUGAUCCUAGAAGCCGUCGCUGACCACCGCCUCUGGAUCUGGGGUCGCGGUCCGGCCAUUCAGUUCACUGCCAAUGGCCGCACACAUCAUAUGGGGUACUACUUGGCCGAUGGCAUAUACCCUAGGUGGCCUGUUUUUUUGAAGACGAUCAGCUGCCCAAUUGGUCAGAGGAGAGUCUUGUUUGCGGCAAAGCAGGAGUCCGCGCAGAAGGAUGUGAAGCGGGCUUUUGGGGUGCUCCAAUCGCGGUGGUCAAUCGUGAAAGGUCCGGCGCGUUUCUGGUACAAGGACGUCAUCGCCGACGUCAUGUAUGCGUGCAUCAUCAUGCAUAACAUGAUAGUCGAACAAAAACGUGGCCAUGUCACCGAUUGGGUGGAUGAUGAAGCCGGAUCUAGCUCCAGCACGACGACCUCGCCGGUCACUCGAGGAUUACCGACUGGUUUCGGUGCGGUUCUACAGCGACAGGCCUUAAUGCGCAACCAACAAGACCAUACUCAGCUCAUGACCGACAUGGUUGAAGAAGUUUGGAUCCGCAACCGCCGCCGUUGA